GGUAUAUUUACCUCUUUGAAAUGCAUCUUGGUCUUCAGAAUAUGCCUAAUGCUUUUUGUUUUACCGUUUUACCUGUCUACGUAACUCCUUCUUGCAUGGCAAUCGGUGUUGACCAAUACAGUAUGUUGUAUCACGUUACAAUCAUCCAAGAAACAAAUUUGUGUUGAUUAACGGCCAAUUAUCAGUAAUAUGCUUCUGAUCCGGUAUUCCCGUGUUUGGAUUACCUAGUAGAACAUCCCGGAAAUGUCUCACCUGGGAAUUCCGGCGUUGUACUGAUACAUUAAGCCAAGUACAUGUACCUCUUAGAGUAGUAACCAUCACUGCUCACUCAACAAUCAGGAAAUGAACUCAAUCAUUACAUCUUUCUCGCAUUUACAACUCCGUGAUACCAGAUAGCCGCCAGAUGUUAACUCUACUAUGGAUCCAUUCACCACUAAACGCCUCCAAGACCAAUUGGGGGUAGCCACGGAGGUCCGGGAGCGUUGUGGCGUAGGAUCCGUCAGUUUUGGAGUUCUACAUCAUGGAGAGACCAUUUUCACCGGCAGCGUCGGUUAUCGCGAUAUUCCUAAGGAAAAGGCACCUGACACGAGUACACUCUAUACCCUUUGUUCGAUAUCGAAAUCUUUCAUUGCAGCAGCUGUUGGAAUUUUGGUCGAUCGGGGAAAAUGCAGUUGGAACGACCCAAUUGGGUGCUAUCUUCCCGAAUUUAAGCCAAAGGGCGACGUUCGUGUGGCAACUAAAGCAACAUUCAACGAUUUCUUGCGCCAUUCCGGCGGACUAGCCAAUCCAGUCGUCACACUCCUCGGCCCUGAAGGUAAGGUUUUGGUCCCUCAAGAGGACUUCAUCAACGUUCUCAAUGAUACGCCUACCGGGAAUGAACGGUUUGGCCUUUACCAUAACAGAACGUGGGAGUAUAGCAACGUGUCUCAUGGUCUUGUUGCACUCGUCAUUGAACGUCUUAGUGGGAAACGCUAUGCCGACUUCAUCUCGGAAGAGAUAUUGAAGCCACUCGGGAUGAAUGACACAGUCGUUUAUAAGUCUCGCCUAUCUCCAGAUGCCAACAUCGCUCACUCUUAUGUUCGACUCUCUAAUGGUGAAUGGUACAAGCAACCUGACCAUGAAUGGACGAACGAACUCAAUACCCCUGUUCUUGCCAUGGUUGGAAUACGCAGUUCCGUCAAGGACUUACUCACUUGGUGUGCCGCCACACUUGACGCUCAGUGGGGAGAUAUCUCGAGGCCCCUCCCAGCUCUGUCUGGCAUAACCACGAAUCCACUGAAAGAGAUUAAUUCUAUCCUCAAUAAGUCUUAUUGGACGCGCCCUCAUAAUGAUGACUUGCAAAACUUAUCUCAUUUCUACUUAUCGUGGUAUAAGUGUGUGAUGCCAUCAUCAAUGGUUCACUGGGGGUCAUGGAAUCAGAGUCUGGCUGACAACGGCAAUAAAGACCAAGAAUACAUCAAUUCUCAUAUAAUGGGUAGAGAGUCGCCGAAACGGACUUUAUAUAAGAUCACCGGGAUAGGAUUCUGCGGCUCCGGGUCAGUCAUCUUACUUCCCGAAACCAUGAGCGCAAUCGUAGUCCUCGGCAGUGGCCUAAACCUAGGAGAUCCAAGCGACUUCAUAGCAAGUGUAAUGAUGCAAGCUCUAUUCGACCUAAAAAAACGCAUCGACAUCAUACCUAUGGUUUCACACGAAUGUGAGAUGCGCCGCAAUGACUUCCUAACUCUUAUUAGCGAUUGGAAAAAAAACCGCGAUGCCACUGUGGCUGAAUGUCCCGUACAAGAAUAUAUUGGACACUACACAGGGCUAGGGAUUACUCUGACUAUACGCGAAAGGACGCCAAAUGGACCUUUACAGCUCAUAUUCAAUGGCAGAGAAGAUAUAAUGCAGAACUUGGAGCACUACAAUAAAGACAUGUACAGCUACCAGCCUACGGAUCGCGAUAAUUGGUUAAGGGCAGGGUGGUUGGAUUGGGAUUAUUUUAUGGUGGGCAUACUUCACUUCAGAAGAGACCCGAAUGGCCGAGUAAAUGGUGUCACCUGGAUAUGGGAAAGGGGGUGUGACGCUGCUCUGUUUAAUAAAGGAUAUACUUAGGCACAUCCUCAAUUAAACGACUUUCGCCGAACCGGAGCGCGACAUGAUUCGUCUCUCAUACCCCUUGUCAUGAUACCACCUGUAAAAUAUCAGUUCAUACAUAGGUAGCUGCAGUGUCGGGUUAGUAUUGGGUUGAUAUCUAGCCACGAGCCUUUGUGUAUAACAACCUCGUCCUCCCAAUACUUCUUGGCCGUUUGGGUUUAGGAUCAUUAUCAUCCAAAGCAAAAAGCCACCGAGAAAGCCAUCCAGCACCUACAUCCCUCGCAGAGCUAUUACACUGCAUCUUCGAUCGCGAAGUUUGCCACCGAGACCGAAAUACGAUCUUUGAUUAAUUACCGAACUGAUUGGAGCACGAUGGUGAGCAUGUCAGAUUAGCGCAUGAAUUUAACCCGAAGCCUGCCGUAUGAUACUACCAAAGAGAGAAGAUGCCUGACACAUAUUCCAGAAUUCAGGACAACCGAUAAAAGUAAAAA